CCUAUGUAAAACAAGCAUCUGAUGCUGAUAACUCAAUUAAUAAAAUAUAUGACCAGUUAUUAUAUCACAAAAAAUUGUUAGCUUAUCCUAUGCCAGAUCUUUUAAUUGAAAAUCUUUUGUAUAAAUUUUCUUUAAUGGAUUCAAAUAAUUUUAUAUCCUCAUGCCCUAUUGGGGAAAGAGAAGCUAGAAUAUACUCUCCUAUUGUUUCUAAACGACAUUUUAACUUAGGUCAUGGAAUGGGUAGAUCUGGCGAUUUGAAUCAAAUUCAACCAAAAGCUACUGGUUCAAGUUCCUUGGCAAAGUUAACAAAUCUUUUGAUAAAAGAUGCAUUUAGAAUUGCAGGUUUGCAAAACGUAAAUUCAUGCAUAAUGUUGCCCGUUGCCACUGGCAUGACCCUUACUCUCUGUUUUCUGACGCUCAGAAAGAUUAGACCCCUGGCUAAAUUUAUCAUUUUUAUGAGGAUAGAUCAAAAAUCUUGCUUUAAAUCUAUCAUAACAGCAGGUUUUAUUCCUAUAAUAGUGCAAGGCCGAACUUACCCUGCUACCCACGUUGCCCCUGAUACUAUUCAAGGAAUAUCUGAAAAUUUCGGAGAUGCACAGAACAAUACUACCACUGCUAAUAAAAAUAAUUUUAACGACGAAAUAAGGCCAAGCGUGAGCGAAUUGGAAGAAAUUAUUGAAGAGCAAGUCAAAAUAGACCCCUCUUUGGCGCAUAUAGCAUGCGUGUUAUCUACUACCUCUUGUUUCGCGCCUAGAGGGGCGGAUGAUAUACUGGCAAUAGGGAUGAUUUGCAGCAAACAUUUGUUGCCACACGUUGUAAAUAAUGCCUACGGUCUCAACUCAUCCAAAAUCGUGGCCAAGAUUAAUCAGGUCAUCAACAAAGGGGCCCGAAUAGAUUGUAUGGUACAGAGCUGCGAUAAGAAUUUUAUGGUGCCAGUAGGAGGGGCUAUAGCUACUGAUUUUACGUUAAAACCCACGGAAAUAAUUUUACACUCUAAGUCCAGCGAAAGUUUCUGUUCUCAGUUGGCGAAAGAUUAUCCUGGUAGAGCUUCUCUAACUCCCUCAUUGGAUAUCUUUAUUACCCUACUCUCCUUGGGGAGUCAUAAAUAUUCCCAACUUUUCAAGGAACAAACCCAAAAUUAUUCGUAUCUGAAAGCAGAAAUGGAAAACUUGGCUAAAUAUUUCAACGAAAGAAUACUGGAAACUCCUAACAAUCCUAUAUCUAUAGCCAUGACUUUGAACAAUUUUAUUGGACCCGAAAAUAACGUUACUCAAAUAGGCGCUAUGAUGUUUCAAAGGAGAAUAACGGGAGCCAGGAUUGUCGUACCCGGUCAAGACAAAUCAAUAGAAGGAUACACUUUUCAAGGGUGGGGAUCUCAUAUAAAUGCGUAUUCCAAUUCAUACAUGACUGUGGCUUGUACUUUAAGCCUGACCAAACCCGUUAUAGAUGCAUUUGUGAAGAAAUUACAAAAAAUAUUGAUCGAAUAUUCAAAAACAUAUUUGGGAAAUGCAAAAAUGUUAUCAAAAAAAAUAUGA